CUCUCUUCCUUUAUUCCCCUCCCUCCCUGACUCCUCUUGCGUCGGCCGCCAGCCAUGUACACGCUCGAUAGCUACGCCAGCAACGACUGCGAAGGCGUCGCGGAGUACCCCAGCCCGCCGACCUUGUCGAGGCCCAGGACGCCCAACAGCAGCGGCAACACGCCCUUCAGCACCGCUUCCAACACGCCACCCUUCUUCACUCCUCCCAGCAGCCGCUUCGAGCGCGUCUCUUUCGACGCCGUGGCCGCCCCGUCGCCCGCAUCCACGCCACUCUGUCUCAACGUCCACGCACUCGGCACAGACUCGAGCGCGACGAGCAAAGCCACACACAGCAGCAAGGCCGCCAUUGCCAACGCUGCCGAUGGCCUGAGCGUGGCGAAAGUGGAGGUGAAAGCGGCGGGGCGCGGGGGUCUGGUGGGAGUGUUCAUCGGCCAUGUGGCCGCGAUUGCUGUGGCGCUGAGUGUGGUGAGUGCGGCGAAGCUGUGUCUGUGUGGGGUGUGGGGGAGUUUGCUGGAGAAGUGGACGGCGGACGAGGCGGACGUGACGGUGGUGGUGGUGGGCGUUGUGUGGAUGGCCUCCUUCACCGUCCUCUCGGCUCUGCUCGGCGGUCACAUGCUCUUCCUCACCGUCACCCGACCCAUGCCCGCCCCGCACGGAAGCAUCUGGCCCUGCUGGUCCAAGCUGUUCUUUGUGGGGUGCGGUGGGGCGGUGUUCUCCCUCUUCUGGGCGCUGUGCUACGGCCUCUUCUCGGUCAACGUGAUGGAGGAGUCCAUGGUGCUCCACUACGCCUGGCUCAUCGUCGGCCUCAUGCUCUCCCUCCUGCUGCUCGGGUCCUCCGUCGCCAAGCUCCUCGAGCGCAUGCUCAUUCGCAAGAUGGUCCAGGCGGCAGCACUACUCCCCACCAACCACCAGCCAAGCCCUGAGCGUGUCAAGAGUGCCGCGGAGAUCAUCCGGGCGGAGAGGAGGAGGUAUGUGUUCGGGUGGCGGGCCAUCAUCCUGCCGCUGUUUGCGACGGGCUCCUUGCUGAUCCCGAGAGUGGUGCACUGGUCGAGUGAGGGACAGAGCGUCACGGUCGCGGCGGCGGGGUCGGUCAACGCGUUUGGGGGCGGGGGGCUGCUCGUCGCACUGGCGGCCUGUUUCCUCCUCUUCGUGGAGAUGAUCGCGUAAGCAAACAGGCCUCCACCAAACAACACGACUCUCCUAACGCUUUUCUGCCUGUGUGUGUCUGUGUGUGUCAGCUUCGACUAUGGUCCGAUAUGGCUGCCCAAGCCCAUAUCAGAUUUCAUCCUGGAACGGCUGCCGGGCAUCCGCGGCGACUCGGAGGCCAUCAACGCGUCCCUCACGCUCGUCCUCGCCCCCAUCCUCGGCCUCGCCAGCCCCUACGCCCCCUUCGUCUUCGUCGCCUGGCUCUUCGCCAGGUGGUCCGUGCGGCAGCUGAUCAAGAGGGCCGCGCCGAGAUACGACGCGGUUAGUGGGUGGGUGGGUGUGGGGUUGUGCAUCAUGGUGUGUGUCAUGGUGUAUGUGUGAGUGUGGUGUUGGCUGCAGCCUGACGGCGAGACGCAUGUGGGUCUGUUCCCGUGGUGUAUCCUUCUGGCGCCCGUGUUUGCCUCGGCGGGGUGGCUGCUGGCUUCGAAAGAUCACGGGGUGCGUGUGUGUGGUGCAGACAGCCAGCCAGACAUCUGUCAUACUCACUGACUGGUUGUGUUGUGUUGUAUCUAUCGGUGUCCGUCCGUCGUCCGUCGGUCGUGUGUGUCAGGAGAUAUACUUCAUGUGUGCGGUCAUCUGCCUGGUGUGUUCCCUGACGGUGCUGCUCAUCGCCUCGGGUGUGUCGGUCAUCGUCAUGGCCAAACGCCCCUACGACCCACACUCGGGGGAAUCCACUAACGCCACACGGUAAGCAAGCGGGAACUAUCCUGUGAGCCUCGACAUUCUGUUUGUGUCCUGUCCUGUCGUUUCCUUAGCAGGCAAACGCGCACCGAUUCGUUGGUAGUGUCUUCAACCACAGUGACGUACUCGCCCGGUGCGUCUGCCACCCCCACCCCCAAGACGGACGACUACAUGACGCCCCACGGCCGCCUCGGCACAUCCAUGAUGCACCGCCUCCACACUGCCCCUCACGAGUACGCCCACCCGCCCUCGAUGCUCUCAUCCCCGCCGUCGCUCGGGUCGUGCAAGUGCGGCAGCACCCACAACCAGGGCCCCCCCGCCGCCUGCAACGGGGCUCUCUCGUCUGUGUCUUCCCCCCUGUCCGCCUUGUCGAUGCUCGAGAAGGGCAGGUGGACCCCUGCCGUGAGCGUGCUGAUCGAGGGCAAGAACGAGAGCCAUGCAGACGAUGACGACCCGGAUUUUUGCCAGGACAAUGAGCAGGAGAGCGUGGGAGUGGGCGUGUCGGUGUGCAGCAGCUAUGGGGGCGGCGACCACAAGCACGAUGCCGUCAAGAGCAGCUGCCACGACGAGAAGGAGAGCGUCUACUACGGCCACGGCGUCGCCAAGACCAACGGCACAGGAACCAGCGAGCGGGAGUCGAGCGUCGCCGUCUCGUGCGCAGGCACCAACGGCCACCAAACCGCCGGCAGGGAGGGCGGCUUCUCCCUCCCCAGCAUCUCGUGCGGCGACUUCCUCGACCCUGCUGACAUCCACAGGAAGCACUUCUCCGAGACGGACUCGUAUCAGCAGCUGAGUAUGAUGAGCGAGGAGGAGGAGGACCUGGUUCGGCCUUCGUCGUUUGCGUGGUGCUGCGGGUGCGGCGUCAAGAGCCACUCGGUGGGCGUCAACACCACCGGAGACAUGUGGCCUUUCAUUGCCAGCGAGGGCGGAUCGCUCCGGUCGUUCCACCAUAGGCUCGCUGGCCUCAUCAGCUCCUCUGGGUAUGUGCCAGCUGCUGACACACAGCAGGCAGAAAGGCAGGAGGGAGAAGUUUCUGUGUGUGUUGUGUGCGCUGCGCUGGAUAACUCAGGGAUGGGUCAGUGGAGUACCCACACAGUGACUACGACGGCACACCGCGUCCGCCGCACAUGAGGAUGUCAGAGGUGCUGCUCGACCCGCCCGCACCUUUCAUCAGGGGCAAAGACGAACGCCGGUCGCUGCUCUCGCCCAGAUAGAUAGACACACACACGCGCGGACAAAGAGAGAGAGAGACGGCCGCACACAUGGAUGGGGCCGAUGCGUGUGUACCUGUGGUCGAUGCGUGUAUACGUGUGCGUAUGUCUGUGUGUAUGUGCGUAUGUGUGUAUGGUUUUAUUAACAUCGUUUAUAGCGAAGGGACAUUUUCUUUCCUCUCUCUGCCUGGCCCCUCCGUGGGGCGUAUGGCAUAGCACACACAGCCAAGGGCGUGUUCGUUCGUUGGUUCGUUCAUGCGCAUAGAUAGUUUUGUUUUUACCAAUUCGGUCACAACCAACGCCCUUCACCUCACCCUCCACCCUGUAUGUGUGUAUGCAUCUCUCUGUGUCUGUGUGUGCGUGUUGGUGUGCUUUUUUCUGUUCAAGUUAGCCUCAAGUUCGCCCCAACCCGCACAGCCUAUCUGUCUGUCUGUCUGACGCAUUUCUGGGAUGGCCCCGAUUUCUGCCUGCCUGCCUGCCUGCCUGCGGCUAUUUAUCUCUUCUGGCCUCUUUCUCUCUUCCUGCCGACCUGCCUGGCUGGCCGCUGAUCGAUCGACCAACCACUCACUCAUAAAUGCAAUUCGUGGCCUUCCUUCCUUGUUGCUUGCUGCUGUUUAGGUUGUGUAUGGGUGUUUUUCCCAUCAUCCAUCACAUCGACCGGCCGUUUGUGUGCGCAUGUCAGCCGUAUCUCUCCGUGCGUGCGUGUGUGUGUGUACCCGCCGAAUGCAUUGACGCAAUCAACCAACAAAUGGAGGAGAGGAGCCAUGUCCGUCUGUCCGUCCGUCCGUCGCUGUGAGUGCAAGUGCGCUUCUCUCCUCCCUUCUUUGCU